AUGCUCAUUUGCAAUUUCGUUAACAGUGUGAGAUAUGAUACUUCUACUUCAUUCAUUAUGAAUCAAUUAACUAUUAUUCAUCAAUACAAUCAAUUUGAUAUUGAUCAUACUGAUCAUCUGAUUGAUAAUCUUUGGUUACUUAUAUUUAGUAUUAUUGUUAUUCUUGGAUUUUAUGAUGUAGAUAGUAUUUGGUCAAAGUAUUGGCUUUAUAGUUUAACUAUUAUCAGUUCCAUGUUAUACUUUCUAUUGAUUAAUGUGAAUUAUGAAUUAACACGAACUGGUGAAGCAAUGUUGUCGAAUUUCAUUGAUGAUAAGGAGAGUAGAAAUGAUGAUUAUACAAUUUUCAUAAAUUCAUCAUCAUUAUGCCCUGAAUGGAUUCAAAAUGCUACUUUAAUACAACCUAGUUUAUGGUGGACUGAUUAUCAGGGAUUAUUAUGGCGUAAUAAUUUAGCAGCUUUGUGCGCAAUUUUAUUCGCUCAUUUCAUUGGUCAGUUGAUUGCAAUAUGGACUAGUCGACAUAGAUAUCAUUUAUUUAUUAUAGCUAGUUAUACUCAAGCUAUAAUUUUUCGAUUACAAAUGACAGAAUCAAAAUUGCAUCUACUAGGUAAAUGUUUAGUUCCAACACCGUUAGCUAAUGAUUUGGUUAAUGAUUUCAUCAAUGGACAUUUAAGUUGGAGUUCACCAUUGGUGAUUUAUUUACGCAAUGUAACUUUUCUUAGUGCUGAAUUAGUUGGUCUAUCCCAGUUAAGUACUAAUCUUGCAUCCAUAAUCCAGCCGAACACAACCGAUAAUAAUUAUGAAUUAAUUUGUCAACAAUUUAUCUCAUUUCUCAAUGAUAUUUACGCAUGUUUUGAUGUAUUAGCUCAAAAUGAAUCAUGUUAUCGUGUACGAUUAAAUGCUAAUGAAUAUUUAUGCAUUGCUGGCUAUCCGGAAACUCGUGUAGAUCAUGCUAGAUCAUGCAUUGAUUUAGGAUUGAAUAUGUUGAAACUGAUUGGAGAGAUUAGUGAAAUGGCUCAUGUUCAAUUGGAAUUACGUGUUAGUGUACAUACUGGUACAGCUUAUGCUAUUGUACUUGGUCGUAGUCGAUUAAGUUUUGAUUUAAUCAGUGAUGAUGUCACUUAUGUGAGUCGUUUGAAGUAUGCUGCUUAUCGUCCAUGUCGAGUGCUUACAUCCCGUUCAACUUUCAGUCAAUUGCCAGAAGGUUUUCGUGGUGAAGCAGGUCCAAUUCUCGGUUAUCCAAAUCCAAUAAUUCUACCGACAAAUGAAUCUGUCAAGUCGGAUUCUCAACAACAACAACAACACCAUCAAAAUCAAAUAACUAUGGAAACAUAUUUUGUACAACCUCGUAAUGAAAUGAAAACUACUACCGAUGCCUUGAAUCCAAUCGAUAUCAAUGGUUCAACUGCUGAUUGGUUGACAUUGACCAAUGUUGACUUGAACUCAGCAAGUAUGGUGACUACCCGACUCGCAUCAGCAGCUGCUAUUCUAUGCCGACAUGUCAUGACUAACAUUAAUAAUUCAUCAUUGGACAAUAAUAAUAAUGAUGUUAGUAAUCAGAACCAUACCACCAAACAAACUAUGUUACCUAAAUUACCAUUGGAUUUCUUAUUUCAUUCUACAACAUUUGAUCAACAUCAUCGUGACUAUCAGCAACACCGACAGCACCACUUACAACAUAAACAACAUCACGAUGAAGAUGAAGAAUCGAAAGCGAUUCAAGUGAAUUUAUUACAUCUACUAGCUAACAAAGAAUUUGAUUCGCUGGAUUAUGCCGAUUGUAAACAUCAUGAGACGACAGUUACUGCCACUGCUGUUACUGCUACUACCGCCAAUACAACUGCCACGACCAAUGAUUUGCAUAAUUCUCAUCUAUUGGACUCCAACCUCUAUCACCCCCAUCAUCCUAAUCAUCAUCAUCAAAAGCUAAACGAUGACGAGCCAUCUUCAACAACUGCUGAGCAACUUGCAAUGAUUGCUGUUAACUUGGCGAAAUCAUUUGAUAGAGAUCAAUUGAAUUGUGAUGAUAUUGAAGGCAAUGAUGAUGAUGAUAUUGCGCAGUGUUCGAAUAAAUUUAUUCCAUGUCAAAAACGAAUUGGGAAAUUAAGAAAGAAUUGGUAA